GAGAGGUAGUGAAAAAUGGACUUGAGUUUCUGUUUUCUCAAAAGCCAAAUCUAUAACGCACUCUUCUCUCUCUCCCAUGUUUUUCCCAGGAAAUGGCAAAACAGAAUAAGGACACAACACAAAUUUCAACGUGACUUGUCUUAAUCUCACACCCCUUGCCUCCAAAACAUCUCCAUUUAGUUCUUCCUAUCUCUCUCUCCCCCCUUCUUCAGAUUAUGAUAUCAUGCUUUCUCUCUCUUAUUCUUGAUAUAUACUUCCAAAUCCACCAGGCAUUGGGAUCUGCACUUUUUCAAGAAUCCCAACGCACGACAACAUUCGAAUGAAAAGGUUGUUGCCCUUCUGUUCCUAAUUGUCUGUUGUUCAGCUGCUGAUUAUGUUUUUCUGUUUUACAAUGCUGAUUGCCCAGAGUUUUGUUUUAGCUUUUGGUUAAUGAUCCCUCAAUUGUGAUGAUGAUAGAAAGUUUUGCAGGCUGGCAUAUGAUUCAACGACAGCAACAUCUAGAUUGAGGAAUCCUGUGACAAGUUUUUAAUUUGCAUGCAUAGGAACACAGUUUUGUAGAAUCAUCUACAGAUCAGAACAGAAUGAUAUCUGUGUGUGAAUAAAUAUAAAUAUAGAUAUAGAUAUAUAUAUAGCACAUGAUAAGGUUAUCCAAUGGGGUCUAUGAAUGUACUGGAGAAGAAAUGGGUGUAUCCUCUUGCAAUCAGCUCAGUUGUGUGCAUUUUCCUUCUGGUAAACUUCUUCAACAUAGGAAUGGUUUCGUCGGGCAAAAUCUUCUCGAUAUUCCCAUCUCGCGUGGCAACCUCAAAUGAUGUUUCUGAGGCUAAAGAUGAUGAGCAGUCUCCACCCCCUCCGCCUGCCCCUUCCAUCCCGCGCUUCGCCUAUCUGAUCUCUGCUUCCAAAGGUGAUCUUGAGAAGCUAUGGAGGGUACUGAGAACAUUGUACCAUCCUAGGAACUACUACCUUGUCCACCUCGACCUAGAGGCGACGGUGGAUGAGAGACUGGAACUGGCAUCCAGAUUGGAAAGGGACCCUGUUUUUGUUGAGGUUGGGAAUGUGAAUAUGAUCACCAAAGCUAACAUGGUUACUUACAGAGGCCCAACCAUGGUCAGCAAUACUCUUCAUGCCAGUGCCAUUCUUCUCAGAACAUAUAAGGAUUGGGAUUGGUAUAUCAAUCUCAGUGCUUCAGACUAUCCCUUAGUCACUCAAGAUGAUCUUCUUUCCGUAUUCGCAGAUGUGAGAAGAGAUUAUAAUUUCAUCGAGCACACGAGUAACCUAGGGUGGAAGGAGCAAGGAAGGGGAAUGCCAUUGAUGGUGGAUCCAGGGCUGUAUAAGAAUACUAAGUCAGACUUGUUCUGGGUGAAUCCUAACAGAGGUUUACCCACAGCAUUUAGACUCUUUACAGGAUCGGCUUGGAUGGUGCAAUCGCGUGAAUUCGUGGAGUACUGCAUAUGGGGAUGGGAAAAUCUUCCAAGAACUCUACUCAUGUACUACACCAAUUUCGUGUCCUCCCCGGAAGGAUACUUUCAGACAGUCAUCUGCAAUGCCCCACAUUUCAUACCAACAGCUAUCAACCAUGACAUGCACUUCAUAUCCUGGGACAAUCCUCCUCGCCAGCAUCCUCGUACCCUAAACAUAAACGACACAGCCAACAUCAUUGCUAGCGAUGCUGCAUUCGCCAGAAAGUUCAGGAGGGAUGACCCUCUGUUGGACAGGAUUGACAGGGAGUUACUAGGCAAGAUAAACAGCAGCUACACACCUGGUGGUUGGUGUGAAGGUGAUCCUCCUUGCUCCAAGGUUGGGGACCCCACAAAACUCGUCCCGGGGCCGGGCGCUGAGAGGCUUCGCCGCCUUGUAACUAAACUAAUUUUGUUAACAAAGUUUGGGAACCAGCAGUGUAAUUAGAAGUUGUCACAUCACCCUUGCUUUACAGGUUGAAAACAAGAGAAGCAAGCAGGAUUAGGAAGUAAAAGAAAAAACACAAUAACCUUGUAGUAUAUAUAUAGUGUACAACAUUUGCAGCAUCAUGAACCUUGGUGGUGCUGUUUUUUUUUUUAUGAUAUAGUAACCCUGUUGUUUAAGAAACCACAUUCAUUCUUGUAUUAAAUUUCUUCUUGGCUUGUUUAUCCUCAACUUCUCUCCCUGUACUAUGAUUUCAUGGUGCAACUGAGAAACCCUACAGACAGCCACUAGUUUUAAAAAAUUUCAGUUUUUUCUGCCAAGUUAUCUCUUUCAGAUUGUACUGUCUCUCUGUCUCUGUUCUAGUCUGCAAUGUUUGAUCACUUCACUUAAAGAAGUUCAGGUUCAAUUAUUUUUGAGUGACGAAGAAAACCCGCAACUACUACCUGAGGAUAACUCUGCC